CGCUACCGCAUUAUUUGUUGUUAUAAUCAGGUGUUUGUUUAAUCUAAAAUGAGCAGUGAAGAGCUCUAUCUUGUGCAAGAGGCUCAAAGCUUGCGCAAAAGCGAUCCUUGUGCGGCCAAAGCCUGGAUUAUAACUGCUAAAACCCUCUUCCCCAACUCCUUCAUAGUGUCCUAUGAGGCGUACUUGCUGGAACGAGAUUCGAAAAAUUUCGAGGAGGCGGCGAAAUGCUUCAGCGUACUCGCCACCAAAUUUGCGAACCAUCACACAGAACUAUGGCAAGAGAUAAAUUCGCUGACCAGCGCCCUGCGCCAAAGCGAAAACGAGAGCACGGAGCAUGAGUUUUAUGUAAAGAUGUACAAACAUCUGGCGCCUGAUGUACAACAUAAUGUAUUCAUGCACACCAUCAACCACACCGACAACAACCUGGAGCAGUGUAAGCUGCUGGUUCUCAUGUUCAACAAAUUUCCCAAAACAGCCACAGUGCAGGCGCCUCGACUUCUGGAAAUGCUGGCCGAAGGCAUGAAAACCGAUGCAGAUCUGUACCAACGGAUGCUUGUUGAGGAGGUGCUGCCCUUGAUACAGCACAAGCCGCCCGAGUUGUCGCCCGUGCUCGCCUGUAGGAUCUACACCAGCUCGCUGGAGUAUUACCUGCGCCAGAUCAUGGAUAACGAAACGUGCGACAUUACCGAAGCGUGGAAGAACAUUUUCAAGGUAUUGAUGCUGUGCGGCCAGAUGAUGCGCUGGGAGCCCUUUCUGCCAUUCAACAAAUCUUGGGGUCAGAAUGUCUACUGGGAGAAGCUUGUGGAGAUAUUAUCGGCCAGUCCAGCUGGUAGUCCACAGGUGCUCUUCUAUGCCACAACUCUGUUCAUUUAUUCCCUACAUGGCUACAUACGUAACUGCAAGCUGCGUAUCGAGGAUGCGGACAUUAGUCAUGUGCUUAUGGAAUGGACGCUGGACAGCGCUGAGGUGGAACCACAGCCGCCAAAGUUCUCGCUCACCACGCCGAUCAGUCAGGAAUUGUCGAAGGCAUUCCUGCAUGCCGCCCAAUGCUGGCAGCUUCUGAACACCGAACAAUUUCAGCGCGACUUCAGUCAACUGAUGUUGGCACUACCCUUGGCGCCUUGGAUAUCACGCUUUCUCUUCGAUCUCGCCAUCUAUUUUGGCCAUUGGGACGAGGCCAACAAGCUGAUGAGCGAAAUGACCACACAGAGCACGCUGGUGCAGAGCUUGCAAAUACUUAGUCUGAACCUGAUGCAGGGAAGCAUGACACUGCAGGGUUUCCAGUGCAUAUUAAAGAUCCUGUCGGAGCUGCCAACCACCUGCGGACAAUUGCUCGAGAAUGUCACAUUGAAGGGCCAUCGACACAUGAUCUUUUUGCCCUUGACUCGCUCCGCUUUGGUACAAUACUGCACGCGCGCCAUUGUCAACACACUGAGCCGCAAAUUGUACGAACCGAAUUGCUCGGAUCGUCUCUUGGGCGACUUACUGGUGCUGCUCCAACUGAACCUAGUCAGUGAUAUACAGCUGAAGCAACAGAUCUUCAGCCUGAUCAAGCAACGCAAAUCCUUCAACCUUCGCACACUCUCUACCUACAUCAUUGCGGCGGAAAUGAUUGAGGAGUUGGCCUACAUUUGGCACACACAGCAGGACGAUGCCAAUUUCGAGUUGACGGGCUCUCCAAACAGCGGCGGGGCGACCGCAACAGUUCCCACUCCACGUCGCAUAGGAACUAGAGGCGCCGACAAGGGCGCACGGGAUGAGUUCCGCGCUCUUAUUCGCCAGCAGAUCGCACGUUCGAAUGAAAAUGUCACCACAUUGGUAGCGAAUUUCAUUAGUCAGGAGCAUUUGACUUUGGCUCAGCACAUUUUUGGCAUGGAAACGAUUGUAAUAAAGUAAAAUGAUAUUAUUGAGGAAUGAA